AUGGUCACCAUUGCAUCCUCAACAAUGGCCUUGGCGCCUCUCUUACUCUCAAUGAUGUCGCAUAAUACUGAGGCGCACUCCUGGAUAGACUGCAUCGACACCGACCGGUCCAAAAUCUACGAUCAAAGUGCAUCCUACAUUUUUGGCGGUGCCGGCGGAAACGGAUUCUGCGGAGGCUAUGGGGCGGGCUACCCGGGUCGCGGUGAUAUCGACAUUGGCACCGGAUACACGUACAAAAUGCUGAAGAACGAGGUCGAGGCCGGAACACCCGUGUGCCAGAACGUUGGCGCUAACACGUACUCGGACUGGCGGAAACGGGUUUCAGUGGCGCCGGGUCAGACGGCGUACUUCGCGUAUCUGCCGAAUGGCCAUAUCGUUAAGGACAAGAAGGGUGUCGGCACGCAGCACGGUGUCUACUGGACAGGUCAGGUGGGCACAUCGCUCACGUCUACGCUUGAUAUGAAGCCUGAAAACUUGCUGGGCGGACAUACCAUGAACUACGAUGACGGUAACUGCGGUGAGACCGUCGAUAUCAAUGGCGCCCCUAGCAGCCGCGCAGGUGAUGGCAAGCCGUGCAUCGGCUCGUUUGUCGUGCCGGCAGGAACUGCCCCGGGUGUCUACAGCUUGGUCUGGUAUUGGACGCGAAGGGGUACUUCGGUGCAGCGUAUUCAACCUGCUUUGAGGUGGAGGUAA